GGAGGAGAGGGUUCCCGUCCUUUCCAGUUCUGAUCAUGCAGCACGCUCUGUUAAAGCCUCAGAGAUUUCUCCACAAGCGACAGAAUGAAGAAUGCUGCCUGAAUCCUGCUGAAGGACGAUGAGACUCCCUAUUUAUUUUUAUUAUGCUGCCGUCUCCUGGCUAAUUUUGUACAAGACCGAGGAGCACACUGACUAAACACCGCAGCAAAAUGGAUGAACCCUCCACCUAACCUACAACUCUGCUGUCUGGAAUACUAAGUGGAAAAGAGGCAUUCUUCCAGCAUGAAACCCAGUGCAUACCAAUAACCUGAACGCUUAAAUAAACUAUGAUGAGAAGACACUAUCUGGAAAUUGAAAGAUGAACCCACUUGAUGCAACAAAAUCAGGAUUUUUAGUGUGCAUUGCUGUCUGUAUGUUCAUCUACACCUUUAUCUACCUAAAGGAUACCCUUUCUGAAGAGUCAAACCAACAAAAAUUUAAUGCAAACAUAGCAGAGUGUGGCUUUUACCCAGAUGAACUUUGUUCAGCUCUUUUUGUGGGUAAAACCGCUGCCUUUAAAAUCGGGAAAUUUUGUCAGAAUUCCUACCAACCUAAACCACUCAGCUGCAUUCAGACUCCCUGCAACUGCUCCAUGGUUUUGAAGACACUGCAUUUUAUCACAAGGCCACUGUCAGAUGAAGAAGGAAAUUUCUCAUUGGCAUACAUCAUCACAAUUCACAAGGAGUUGGAAAUGUUUGUAAAGCUGCUAAGAGCUAUUUACAUGCCUCAGAAUAUUUACUGCAUCCAUGUUGAUGAAAAGUCACCAAAAUAUUAUAAAGCUGCUGUACAAAACAUCGUUAAUUGCUUUGAAAAUAUUUUUAUUUCCUCAAAAAGAGAAAAUGUUGUUUAUGCAGGAUUUUCAAGAUUGCAAGCUGAUAUUAAUUGCAUGAGAGAUCUAGUUCAUUCCAAAAUUCAAUGGAAUUAUGUUAUUAAUCUCUGUGGUCAAGAUUAUCCCAUUAAAACAAACAGAGAGAUUAUACAAUACAUCAAAAGUAAAUGGAAUGGUAAAAAUAUGACUCCUGGGGUAGUCCAACCACUUCAUAUGAAACACAGGACGCAGGUUAGUUACAGAGAGUAUGUACGGUCUGGAAUGUCUUACGUGUAUCCAACAAAGAAUAUGAAAGCUAAGCCUCCACAUAACUUGACCAUCUAUUUUGGUAGUGCCUAUUACAUACUCACUAAAAAAUUUGUAGAGUUUACACUGACUGAUGCACGUGCAAAAGAUUUGCUUGAAUGGUCAAGAGAUACAUACAGUCCGGAUGAACACUACUGGGUCACGCUGAAUCGUUUAAAUGAUGCUCCAGGGGCUACACCCAAUGCAGACUGGGAAGGAAACAUACGAGCCAUUAAAUGGAAAGAUCAAGAAGGAACCACACACAAAGGCUGCAAAGGUCAUUACAUCAGAGAUAUUUGCAUCUAUGGACUAGGGGAUUUGCAGUGGAUUAUUGAGUCACCUCAUUUGUUUGCCAACAAGUUCGAGCCAGCGACAUACCCACUCGUUAUGGACUGCCUGGAGAGACGCUACCGGCUGAAAGUGCUGCACCAGGCAGAAGUCCCCAUCGAAGAUCACUGGCGUUUCCAGGAAGAGAGCCAUUUCAACAUGAAGCUGAAUGUUUGAGCUUAACUAACAUCUAAACAAGUGUUCCAAAUACUGACAGAAACCAUUAACAUCCUUAGCCAUAGACUUCAGUCUGUGCGUUACAGCAUGAGGGUAAGCACAAUACUGUACUACCAGUCUGCCAGUGAAAUAAACAGUUUUUAUUUAUUACAGGAAGAUAAAGAGCAACAACUGCUAAUUUGUUAAUUUUUGAAGAAAAUUACAUGUCUAAAUCUCUAGCUUAGUGAAGACAAGGAAGUUCUUAAAGUGACUUAUUUAACUGGAAAACUACAUAUUCUUCAUGUCUGCAGCCAACAAAAGGACUAACUGGUAUGAAAAUAACAAAAUGGAAGCAAUGACUGAACAAAGAUAAAAUACAAAGAGCACAAGUAAAUGUCA